AUGGGUUUGGGUAGCAGUAAAUCCGAACCGUUAACAGCAGACGAAUUAGAACGAGUACAAAAUUCAUGGAAAGUCGUCAUGGAAAACGCUGAAGAAAAUGGAAUGUUUAUUUUUAAAACAUUUCUAUUAAAGCACAAUUAUUUUCCGUAUUUCAAAGCAUUUGCAAACACGCCACUCGAAGAACUUGAAGAAAAUCAAGCUUUUCGUAAUCAUGCAAAUAACAUAAUUCAAGCACUCGAUAAUGUUAUUUUGAAUUUAGAAGAUGAAUUGACCAUACAAAGAGAAUUAACGGCACUUGGGAAAAUGCACGGAAAGAAAAAAAUUUCCGAACAACAAUUUCAGGAAUUAAAAAUAUGCAUAUUAGAAAUUCUAGACAACGAAUUUAAAUUACCAGAAGAUGAUUUACAAGCCUGGAGCAAAACAUUAAAUAACGCAUUCGUUUUUGUUUUCGAAGGUCUCGCUGCUGAAGUUUAA